AUGUCUGCCGCACGUUUAGCGGGGGAACCCUUCAAUAGCGAAGAUGCCGACUUCGUCAUUCGUUCGAGCGAUAUGGUAGACUUCAAGGUGCACAAAGUGCUGUUGAAGCAGUUUUUCCAGAGCUUCGAUGAGAUGCUUGGUGCGCCUAUGGUAGGCGGAGUAGAUGCUCAAAACGCGAUCUAUGGGUUGCCGUUGAUGGACUCGACCGAAUCGUCCGAGGCUCUGGGCCACCUCCUCCGCCUACUCUACCCCGUCCCAUACCCGGACCUCAGCGCAGACUGGCCCGCUCUCCUCUCCGUUCUCACUCUUAUGGACAAGUAUAUUGCCAAGUUCUACCCUCUGUCGAUCUCCAGCGCCCUGCUCCGGGCAGCAAAGUUACCGGAUGGGCCAGGGCUUGGUGCCGUCUUUGUGCUGGCUAGCCGUCAUCCGUCUUUGAAUGAGGUUCUCGAGGAGGUGGCGAGGCUAUCGCUGCGAGAAGUGACGCGCUUGGAUGAUGUCCCAAAGGACCUCCUCAGGGGCAUGUCCGCGACGCAGUAUCAUGCGCUUAUUGACUACCAGAACCGUUGUCACCAAACCGCGGUGGACGCCGCGACGGCUGAGAAUCUCGUAGAAUGGAUCCCUACGGCCGAAUUUCCUGGUGGACUCUCUGGCAGUGGUUGCUCUUGUCUCAAGGUCGCUGAGUUGCGCGGCUUCGAUUGGGACGUAGGGGGCGACGACGAGCCGGUCUUGUAUAAAGUCGAUUGGCCCGGCGACCUCGUGCUCUGGAUGUCCGACUACCUUGACGCCGUGAAACGCGCUCUUAAGACUAAUAUAUCCGGGCGCGCGGCUUCAAACUCUGCUACCGUGAAGUGUGCCAUCACGGAGGCCAUGAAAUGUAGCACAUGCUCGAAGACGCAGAUCGUCCUGAUGAUAGGCUUUGUGGACAAGCUCGCUACGCACCUAGACGAGAAGAUCAAUGCAGUUCCUUUCCACCUUGCCUAG